ACUGAGGCCCGGCGGGCAUGGCGGAACCCCUGAAGGAGGAGGACGCCGAGGACGGCCCCGGGAAGCCCUCGGGGCCGGCCAAGACGGAGCCUGCCAACCCCGCCGCCGCCGCCGCCGCCGCCUCGGUGGCCGCCAAGAACCUGGCCCUGCUCAAGGCCCGCUCCUUCGACGUGACCUUCGACGUGGGCGACGAGUACGAGAUCAUCGAGACCAUCGGCAACGGGGCGUACGGGGUGGUGUCCUCGGCGCGCCGCCGCCUCACGGGCCAGCAGGUUGCUAUCAAGAAGAUCCCUAAUGCUUUUGAUGUGGUGACCAAUGCAAAGCGAACUCUCCGGGAGCUCAAGAUCCUCAAGCAUUUCAAGCAUGACAACAUUAUUGCCAUUAAGGAUAUCCUGAGGCCCACUGUUCCUUAUGGCGAGUUCAAGUCUGUCUAUGUAGUUCUGGACCUGAUGGAAAGCGACCUUCACCAGAUCAUCCAUUCUUCACAGCCACUCACACUGGAACAUGUGCGCUACUUCCUGUACCAGCUGCUGCGUGGCCUUAAGUACAUGCACUCAGCUCAAGUCAUUCACCGUGACCUUAAGCCCUCCAACCUGCUGGUGAAUGAGAACUGCGAGCUGAAGAUUGGUGACUUUGGCAUGGCCCGUGGCCUGUGUACCUCUCCUGCUGAACACCAGUACUUCAUGACUGAGUAUGUGGCCACACGCUGGUACCGUGCUCCUGAGCUCAUGCUCUCACUCCAUGAGUACACACAAGCUAUCGACCUGUGGUCUGUGGGGUGUAUCUUUGGGGAGAUGCUGGCCCGGCGCCAGCUCUUUCCAGGUAAAAACUAUGUGCACCAGCUGCAGCUGAUUAUGAUGGUGUUGGGUACUCCAUCACCAGCAGUGAUUCAGGCCGUGGGGGCUGAGAGAGUGCGGGCCUACAUCCAGAGCCUGCCACCACGACAGCCUGUGCCCUGGGAGACAGUGUACCCAGGUGCAGAUCGCCAGGCUCUCUCACUGCUAGGGCGAAUGCUUCGUUUUGAACCCAGUGCCCGCAUCUCGGCAGCUGCUGCUCUUCGUCACCCCUUUCUGGCCAAAUACCAUGACCCUGAUGAUGAGCCCGACUGUGCACCACCCUUUGACUUUGCCUUUGACCGUGAAGCCCUCACCAGGGAGCGCAUUAAGGAGGCUAUCGUGGCAGAGAUUGAGGACUUCCAUGCCCGGCGUGAGGGCAUCCGCCAGCAGAUACGCUUCCAGCCUUCACUGCAACCUGUGGCCAGUGAGCCUGGCUGUCCUGAUGUGGAGAUGCCCAGUCCCUGGACUCCCAGUGGGGAUUGUGCCAUGGAGUCACCUCCACCAGCCCCACUGCCUUGCCCUGGCCCUGCACCUGAAACCAUUGAUCUGACCCUGCAGCCACCCUUACACAUCAGUGAGCUGGCUCCCCCAAAGAGGGAGGGCGCGAUUUCUGACAACACAAAGGCAGCCCUCAAGGCGGCCUUGCUCAAGUCCUUGAGGAGCCGACUCAGAGGUACCUUGUGGAAACACUACUGGUUGUGGAGGGUGUGUCAGAGGGGAGCUCCUGGCUGGCUCAGGGUUGUGGGUUCUUUCUCUUACUAUUGCCCAACUUUCCCUGCAGAUGGCCCUAGUGUCCCCCUGGAAGCUCCUGAGCCUCGGAAGCCGGUGACUGCCCAGGAGCGCCAGAGAGAGCGGGAAGAAAAACGACGGAGGAGGCAGGAGCGAGCCAAGGAACGGGAGAAGCGGCGACAAGAACGGGAACGCAAGGAGCGAGGGGCUGGUGUCUCUGGGGGUCCUUCCACUGAUCCCCUGGCUGGGCUGGUGCUCAGUGACAAUGAUCGUAGCUUGCUGGAACGCUGGACUCGUAUGGCCCGGCCUCCAGCUCCAACCCCAGCACCAGCCCCCAUCUUAGGACCAGCCCAGGCCCCAAUACCCGCACCCCCUGCCGCCCAGACCACUAGCCCACCCACAGGCACCACACCACAGCCUGCAGGUUCCACCCCAGCUUCUGCAUCUCAGCCUGCCUCUGUGACUUCUGGCCCUGCUCCCCACCCUCCUGGUCCUGGGCCCCUUCCAGGCCCUGCUGCACUCCAGACUGCCACCUCCUCUAACCUCCUGGCUCCUCAGUCACUGGUGCCACCACCAGGGCUGCCUGGCACCAGUGCCCCAGGUGUUUUGCCUUAUUUCCCUUCUGGAUCUCCCCUGCCAGACCCUGGGGGUGCACCUCAGCCUUCCACCUCAGAGUCACCCGAUGUAAACCUGGUGACCCAGCAGCUGUCCAAGUCACAGGUGGAAGACCCCUUGCCACCCGUGUUCUCAGGCACUCCAAAGGGAAGUGGGGCUGGCUAUGGUGUUGGCUUUGACCUGGAGGAAUUUCUAAACCAAUCUUUUGAUAUGGGUGUAGCUGACGGGCCACAGGAUGGGCAGUCAGACUCAGCUUCACUCUCAGCUUCCCUGCUUGCUGAUUGGCUUGAGGGCCAUGGCAUGAACCCUGCUGACAUUGAGUCCCUGCAGCGUGAAAUUCAGAUGGACUCCCCAAUGCUGCUAGCAGACUUGCCUGACCUCCAGGAGCCCUAGGACCACAACUUUGUGCCUUGCUGCCAAGGGCAGAUCCAGCCUUUAGGCCUAUCAGAGCCUUUUGAACCAGUAGGGGACACUUGGCUUAGAUUAUUUUGCAGGUUCAUCUCAGAUUGUCUUGACAGCCAUAAGCAGCCACCUGAGCCACCAACAAGCCAUGACAUGGGGAAUACCCUCCUCCCUGAGAGAUCUUUUCAGUAUUGUAUUUUUAUUAUUAUUGUUAUUAUAUUAUAAUUUUAUUAUUACACAACCUUUUCACUGUCUAAAUUAGAGUCCUUUGAAAUACAAGGUUCCCUUUACUACC